CAGUGGUAAACAGACGUCAGAAGGGAGUCUUCGCCUCGAGUCAAAACAAAACAAAGCAAAAUAAGUAAAAAAGAGAGCGGAGAAGCGAGUAUUUGGAUCGCUACGACGGUGGAAAGUUCCUCGAAACUCUUAUCGGAAGUAAAACGGCUGCUUGGAGAAGCUUAUUUGGGUUUUUUUCGCGGACUUUUUCACGGAUUGUAAACUCUGGAGUAGCAGGAGCUUAAGCAGCUAGCGUUACGGCGGCUAUCGCUGCUGGUUGGAAAGUGCGGCGAGCGGGGAGCCGACAGACCUGCUGACGAGAGGGCUCCACGGAGUUCCCGGGAACAAACUGGGGGAUUCCUUUACAAAGUUCACGAAGCUUACAGCGGAUGAUCGGGAGCGGUGUGUUUGUGAAGUGUUUGAGCGCCGUGUGAGGCGGCAGGACUGCGGGAGAAACAUGGCAGUUGGUGACAUGCGUCUGGCCGCGAUGUGGCGCAUGGAGCGGACCUAAGGCGCAGACCGACUACUCAUCCAUAUUUUCUGUUAUAAACUUCUUUUAAAGGAUAUAUUGAAGCACAUUCCCAUUGUCCUGUGCUGUUUUCACAGCUGUUUGGAUGUUUAAAUCCCCGAAAGGACACAGAGACAGUGGACAGAGUCUCAGAACUGUUUGUUCAUUCUGUCGCUCCUCAGACAUUUGUUUCAUUUUUACUGCUAUUAUUUUCUGCUAUCUUUAAUAUUCACUUUGUCUACUUUUUAAUCAGUUCUAUUUUUAUUGAUAUGUAAACAGACUCCACAAACAAUUUUUUAAAUUAAUUUUUAACGAAAAAAACAGAAAUUUGGUACAGAAUAUUUUCUCGAUCAAUUAUAAAUAUAUAUUUUAAUUAGAAAAAAUAUUUUAUAUCCAUACAUAUAUAUAUAUUUGAGUCGUUUACAGUUCAAGCAUUUGUAUUCAUAUUUCAGAUGAGCCCUAACCGCUGUAGAUCCAGAUGUUUUGCUGCUCAAUGACACUCCUCUGUUUUUGUUUCAUUGAAACAAAGAGACUCAGGCAGCCUUCUUCUCUGUUUAUAAAUCGGAAGGUUUAUGAUAGUUACUAUUAAGGAGAUUAUUUGUGUUCCCUAAUCUCCAAUCUGAGGAUUAACUGAGGCCAUUGGUGUGUCCAGAUUACCGUGUCUCCUUUCCAGGCCCCUCUACUGAAGCCCCUUGACUGAGGUACUUGUAAUAUAUUUAUUUUGUGGCUUUUCACAAACUUUUUUUGUUGUUCUGAUAUUUAAAAAGUUUUAACCAUAAGGGAACUUUUUCAGUGGAAGUUCCGAGAACCAACAUGGAGGACUCUUCCAUGCCACCCAUCGACCCUGAUUUUGAGCCCCAGAGUAGACCCCGCUCCUGCACGUGGCCGCUCCCGAGACCUGACAUCUCUGCUGUCAAAGCGGAGGGGGCGGACGGGGCCGAGUCCGCCGCUGGGACCCCGCCCGCAGCCGACGAGGACAAGCCCGAACCGCAGCAAAUCACCUCCGAGCCAGAGAAAGCUGCCGCGGCGGCUGCAGCGGAGGAGGGCGGCGCCGUGGUGGGUGUGGGUGGAGCCGGAGCGACGCCCCGCAAAGGAUCCUCCCGGCGCAACGCGUGGGGGAACCAGAGCUACGCUGAUCUGAUAAGCCAGGCCAUAGAGAACUCGCCGGAAAAGAGGCUGACCCUGGCUCAGAUCUAUGACUGGAUGGUGAAAACUGUGCCUUACUUCAGAGACAAGGGAGACAGCAACAGCUCUGCUGGAUGGAAGAAUUCAAUCCGCCACAACCUAUCACUCCACAACAAGUUUCUGAGGGUGCACAAUGAAUCUACUGGAAAGAGCUCCUGGUGGAUGCUCAACCCGGAAGGAGGAAAGACGGGAAAGGCGCCUCGUCGCCGAGCCGUUUCCAUGGAUAACAGCAGCAAACUGCUGAAGAGUCGCAUGAGAGCCAAACAGACCAAGAAGCAGGCCGGGGCCGCCGGCGCAGGGGGGGAUGCUGGCGCCGGUUCGGCAGGUGCAGACAGCCCAAAUUCAUCACAGCAGUUUCCCAAAUGGGGUGUGAACAACAGCAGCCCUUCUUCUCGUGGCAGCCUGGAUGAUGCCGACAUGUGGACCACUUUUCGCCCUCGCACAAGUUCCAACGCCAGCACCCUGAGCGGACGUUUGUCCCCCAUCGCACCCGGCCAAGAAGAUGAUGACACCCUGCCCGACGACAGCCUGCUGGGGAGAUACACCUCCAGUAGCUUGACCCCCACACUCACUGAGACAGUCAUGGAGGAGCUGGAUCUGAUCGACAACCUCACCUUAAUGACGGGGCAGCAGGGCGCCGCCAGUCCAAGCACAGCGCCACCGGCGCCUCCCACUCCGCUGCCUUCUGCCUCCACCCUGCUGCCACGGGGAUCCAGCUUCCCUUCCUUCCAUCAGCUGCAGGCUACCAGCAUGGCGCAGGCCCCCGCUCACACCGGGGCCCAGGCCUCUGUUUCUCUGUGUGGCCCAACCAGCAAAGAGCCAACCACCUUCAGCAACUCCCUCUUCAACCCCAUGUCCAGCUCCAGCUCCCAUGGAAGCAGCCAUUACAGCAGCCAUGUUCCCUCCAGCCUGGAGGCGCUGCUCACCUCUGACUCUCCUCCUCCCAAUGACGUUUUGAUGACCCAGGUCAGCCCACUUCUGACUAACUCUGGAAGUUUGAGCCAGAUGGGUUUGGGUGUGAGACCCAAACCCAACCAGCUACAGCUGAGCAAAGGGCUGGAGCCCAACACUGUGGCACCAAUGGCGAUGCAGAGCCAGAUGCAGCCUCAGCAGCAUCAUCUCCACCACCAGCAGCAGCAGCAGCAACACCAGCAUCACUCUCAGAUUGGCCUUGGGAUGAUCCUCUCUGGAAUGUCCCAGGAUCCAAACUCACUCUCUGCUCUAAAAUCCCACCAGGCCGCAGUUCAGGUCAUGAGCUCUCAUCACGCUGGGCCAGUCCCCUCAGCCAAUCAGAGCAUGAGCCUUCCAGGGAUGAGUCACUUUGGGGCUCCAACCGGCUUCCCAGCUGCUCAGGAUAGGCUACCCACAGACUUGGACAUAGACAUGUUCACAGAGAACCUGGACUGUGAUGUGGACUACAUUAUUAACAGUGACCUGAUGGAUGGAGACGCCAUUGACUUCAACUUUGACCCCAUCCUGCCUGGGGGCCAAGGCUACACGGGGCCGACCACUACGCAAGGCUCAGCUCACAACUGGGUGCCCAGCUAAACCUGUGGCUGAACAUGCUAACGUUGCCAGGAACUGACCUCCGUUCCACAUAACCUCACUAAAACAGCAGAACAACUGGUUCGUUCCUCCUCCCUGCCGCCUGAACACUCUCUCUCUUUUUUUUUUCCCUUAAGAACUUCAAAAACGGCGAAUCUAGGCCUGACCGACGUCAUGUGCCAAGACGUGCAGAGAACAGGGAGCAGUUUCAGGCUACCGUGCACAGAUGAUUUUUUUUCUUGAAACUUGGCAACAGUUUGGCUUCUGGCCAUGUUUUUUCUUAAGAACCUGAAGUGAUGAUUUUUUUUUCUUUUGCAAAAGAUGUGGGAUUAUAUAUGAGAAAAAUUUGCAGUGUAAAGACAAAUCAUUGCCUCUGUUGUGCACGGAGGUCGCAUUUCAUGUCAUGUUACACCAGCUGUAGAGAUGGUACUUCCAGAUCAAGCUGGGGCUGGUUUUUUUAACACUUUUUUUUUUCCUCAUGUUUUUUUUUUUUUUUGAGAAAUGGCCAGUUUUGCACCAGCGCUCGCUCAAGACGAUUCAUCAGCCCAGAUCCUGUGCAACCGACUGAAAGAGGUGCACAUGAUCCAGCUGCACAGACUCCAGGAACUUUUUAAAGGCUCAGAGUGUUGUGAUGAGAAAGACUAAGGACUGGAUGAGCUGUGGUGUUAGUGUGGCUUUACAUCUCGCCCAGCGUUCCCUUUAAACUCCAUUUCAGUUUGGCAUUUUUGAUAAGUGUGUUAUAGUAGAAAGCAGAGGGUGUUUUUGUUUUUCCCUUGAAUCCCUGAUGUGCCGUUGAACUAACACAACGAAGAAAUCCAAUAUGCGUUCUGAAAUACGGGGCAUUUCAGAGGUAAGAAGCGAGCAACCAGAAUGCCUCUACUGUCUAAAUCGUCUACCUUAUCAUUGUUUAGGGUCUUCUUCCUUGUUUUCUCCUUGAGUCUGUGCAUUCUUAAAAGCACUUAGGUUUCCUGCUAUACAGGGACCCCAAACUAAAAAAAAGACACGUGAGUGUAUAUCAUUUCAACAAAUAAUAAUAAUAAUAAAAGAGUAUAUAAUUGUUUAAAAGAGACAAUGUAAUAAACAUGUUGCACCUGUACUUGACGGCACGCUAUGCAGACCUAUCAGGAGAGGAAAACAAAACCUUGAAGGAAAUCGAAGGCUUUUGCUGUUUAACACCUUUCCUGAUACGGUGCCUUGUAAAAGUAUUCAUUCCCUUUAAACUUUUUAAAAAACUUUUGUUCAUGUAAGUAUAACAAAAUCCAUUUUAUUCUAUUGGGAUUUUAUGUAAAAGAUCAACACGUCAUUUGGAAAUGGAAGGUUAAUGAUAGUCUUUGAAAGUUUGGUGGACUUUAAAGCCCCCUGUUGUUAUUUUUUUAAUCUUUUUUCUCUCUUUAUCCAACAUCCCUUUAGUGGAGGAUGAAUACCAGGAGGUAAAGUGAAUUCCUCCGUUCAGGCAGAGUGCGGAGCUUUAGAGCUGCAAGUCUGCUGGGGUAAAUCUACUGAGCGUUGUCCUUUUUUCUUUUAAAACUAGCUCAUUGGACUGGUCGUCUUUAACACCAAUUUUUACUAAACAUCUGUUAGAUUUAAUUCAAGACAGUGUUGCAUAAAAUUUCAUGUUUACGUCCCUCCUGCUGCCUCCUCCAAUUCAGCUGCAUGAUGCCGCCUCUACCAUGUUUCUUAGUAGAGAUGCAAUGUUCUGGAUGUUAGUUUUAGAAUCUGCAGGUUUGCUGCGCCCCCUACAGGGCUUGUAGCAACAUGCAUAGUGAAUAAUAGUUUUUUCCCCUUUUAACAACCUUGCCACAAAGUUAAGAUUUGUAUAGUACCCCAGCUAAUAGUUGUCAAGAUGUUUUACUGCCUGAGCUGUGGGUCUCUGCUGCUCUGGAGCUACCAGCACUAAUCUGUCACCCCUGAUUAAUGAUCUGUUUACUAGUUAGUAAAGUCUUAAGGGAAGUGAUGGCACAGGAUUUAAUUUGGAUGUAAAAGAUAACAAUUGGCAGAAUGCAGGUGUAUGCUACACCUUCACCUCUCCCAUCUUUGCACUAAUUUUCUCCUGGUUUAUUACACAAAAUCCCAAUAAAAUAAACUGAAUUUAGUAAUAUUAACACCACAAACAGUGGAAAGAGUUGAAGAGGCAUGCAUGAUUUUAAACAAGAUGCUGCAAAUUGCUUUUUUUUUGUAUGAAGUGAGAGCUUGUAAGUGUCCUCUCACACUUUAAUUUUUAAAUACUAACAUUAAAGCAAUUAAAUCACAGUGUGAGAGGUACCAGAAAAGAAUAUAUUUGAUGAUAGUUUUAAUGUACAAUUUAGAUUGAGAUGAUAAAUCAGAUAUUAAUAAGUAUAUUACUAAUGACGAGUGAUGUUUUUUUUUAAUUAUUAUUUUACAUUGGAGGAAACAUUCACAGAUCUUUUUUUUAACGGUGAUUUUCUAUACUUUUAUUUUUGUAAAGGGUGACACACAUACAGAACUGUUUUCUACAUAACCAAAGGAACACUAAUAUUUGCUUUUGCAUGGCAUUUAAAGAACACGCGGGCCUGACACAGCUUCUUCUGUGUACAUAAGCUUUGCAAAGCAGACCUGUAAUGUUAUUUUUUAUUAUCAGGUAAAUAAAUGAGGCAAAUACUUGAUCAUGUUAGCUAUGAUUCCUAGCCAACCUGCCUAGUGCUCUUUUUAUUUGCUUAAUUCUUUGAAUCUGCGCCUAAAACAUUGGUUCUCAUCUCAAAACGAGUUACCUCUCAGAAGACAAGCAGGAAAACGGCUGCAUGCAGAUGUAAUCGAAUGAUAGCGAAACCUAUUUAUUUUGCACAAGACUGGAAACCCAACAGGCCGUGUCUUUGAUUUAAGAAAAAAAAUAAUGAUCUCAAAUUAAACUUCCUGGGUUUUAUUUUAUUUUUUGUAUUGUAUGUAUUCAUGUUUAGCCAUGUGUAUCAGUGCUAGUUGUACUUGUUGUUUUAACUGCCAAUACCCACAACACUAGAGCAUGAUGUUACUUUGUAGUAAUACUUUGUUUUCUCCCCUCUCCUAACAUUUUGUGUUUGUUUUAGUUGAUUUUAUGCUCAGAAAUAACACCCCCAUUUCUUGGACUCACUGUUUCCCCAUAAAAAAAAAAACAAACAAAAAAAAUAUGGUAAAGCACUCUUUUUCUUCCCACACAAAUGUUUUAUAUCUUGUUGUUUUUGCAAAUAAUGGUGCUAGAGGAUAUCAAGUAUGACAGUGCAGUUUGUGCAUAUCAGGGCCUUUGUAUUUUUGAUUAUUGUAGUUAGGAUACAAUCAGUCCCCUUCCCCCUGUGCUUUGUUUUUCUUCUGUCGAACGUGUACAAUAACAUGACCUGGAAACAAAAGAUUGACUUUUUUAAGCAUGCAUGAUUUUGGAAAUUAUUAUCAGGACUUAUUUGAGUCAUAUAUGCAACCUGUCGUGUGUUUUUUUUUGUUGUUGACUAACCAAUACCUGACAGCUGAGAGGCUGCAGCAGCUUUUUUUCCCCCUCCAGUUUACAGCUGCUGCCUUUGUGACGUUAUCACCUGGCUUUUAACUUCUCUCAUGUUGACAGCUAUCUACAUAUUUCCAUUCUUUUAAAGUAGCUGUUAGUGCCUGUAUGUUUUUUUUUUUUUUUUAGAUUUAAUCUUCCCCCAUUUGUUACAUCAUUAAAAGAUUGCGUUGGGAAACGUUUUAAUCAUGUGAAUAUUUGUUUUUCUCUUCCUCUCCUUUUUUGUCUUUUUUUUUCUCUCUUUACACUUUGUAAAGACGGACAGAAAUAAAAGUAGAAAAUCAGACAUCAAUUCAAUAAACUGUUUAACCCACUGUGUUUGAUUC